AAUAAUAAUUUCACACCAAACCAAACUGAAACUCAACACAAUCCCAAGAAUUGGUGUUGUUGUUAAACUGUGUUUCUGUUCCUUCAAAUCUAAAGCCUCUGGCUUUGUUUCUUUCAUUCUUUCUUCGAUUGUUUCUGAGUUUGGGUUUUGUUUUUGUUUUGUUUUCUUUGUCUUUAUGAAACUCCCAACAACUUUUGCAGACCCCGAAUCCUUGUCUUACCUUUACACCUUGCUCCAAUCUUCCUUUGAUCAAAUGAGCAACAGCAACAACAAUAACAACGCCAUAAGCAACAACGCGACUUCCACGACAGGCAGAAAGCGCCGCAGAAAAAACCAAGAUGGUGACGAUGACGACGAUGGUGAUGGUGGUGAUGAUGGGUCAUCCAACAACAACAACAACCUAGGAGAGAGUAACAGCAGGAGGAGCAAGAAGAAGAAGGAGGAGCUGAAGGGUCUCCUAACCUCGAUACUGUUGUUGGAUGAGCAAGAGAAGGUGGAGCAGCAACAGAACAACAGGGCCUCCGAGGAGGAGAAGUUUUCGUUGGAGACAAAUCACAAGAAGAAAACGAAGGCCAUGCUUCAGUAUUACUCCAAUUUGGACGAGUAUUACAGCCAGGUGGAGGAAUCGGAGAGGGUGAAGAGGAAGAAGUCACGCGGAAUGGCACGUGCGGUGGCGGUGGCUGCGUGUGAGAGGGAGGGUGGUGAAGGUGGUGGGGGUGUUGAGGGGGCGAAAUCUGGUGUGGGGGGGUCUCAGAGAAGGUUGUGGGUGAAGGAUCGUUCAGGGGCGUGGUGGGAUGAAUGUAACAAAGAGGAUUUUCCUGAGGAAGAGUUUAGGAAGGCUUUUAGGAUGGGAAGGGAAACUUUUGAUAUGAUAUGUGAGGAGUUGAAUUCUGCAAUUGUGAAGGAGGACACCACUUUGAGGAAUGCUAUUCCUGUGAGGCAAAGGGUGGCUGUGUGUUUGUGGAGAUUGGCCACUGGGGACCCUCUUAGGAUUGUGUCUAAGAGGUUUGGAUUGGGCAUAUCAACAUGCCAUAAGUUGGUGCUUGAGGUCUGCACUGCAAUUAAGACUGUGCUUAUGCACAAGUAUUUGAAUUGGCCUGAUGAGAGUGCAUUGAGGAGGGUGAAGAGUGAGUUUGAGGGUGUUUCUGGGAUUCCUAAUGUGGUGGGCUCUAUGUAUACUUCUCAUGUGCCUAUCAUAGCUCCUAAGAUUAGUGUGGCUGCUUAUUUCAACAAGAGGCAUACUGAGAGGAAUCAGAAGACUUCUUACAGUAUUACUGUUCAGGGGGUGGUGGAUCACAGAGGGGUCUUCACUGAUGUGUGCAUUGGUUGGCCUGGUUCAAUGCCUGAUGAUCAGGUGUUGGAAAAAAGUGCCCUUUUUCAAAGGGCUAAUGGGGGGCUUCUGAAGGGGGUUUGGAUUGUGGGGAGCUCAGGGUACCCUUUGAUGGAUUGGGUGUUGGUGCCUUAUAGUCAGCAGAAUCUGACUUGGACUCAGCAUGCUUUCAAUGAGAAGAUUGGGGAGGUUCAGAAGGUGGCUAGGGAUGCUUUUGCCAGGUUGAAAGGGAGGUGGAGUUGUUUGCAGAAGAGGACUGAGGUGAAACUGCAGGACUUGCCGGUUGUGCUUGGGGCUUGCUGUGUUCUGCAUAAUAUAUGUGAGUUGAAGGGGGAAAAGAUGGACCCUGAGUUGAAGAUUGAUCUGAUGGAUGAUGAGAUGGUGCCUGAAGUUUCCUUGAGGUCAAUGAGCUCCAUGAAGGCCAGGGAUGCAAUUGCUCAUAAUCUUCUGCAUCAUGGUUUGGCUGGCACUUCUUUUCUUUAACUCAAAGGUUGUGUUUGAUCAAGUCAUGUAUACCGUUUUUCUGCUUGAGGCCAUCAUUCUUUUGCUUGUUUAUGACAUGUUCAAGUAAUUGGUCAUUUUUUGUUGAAGGGAUUUUGAAUGUAAAAGAUGUAUAGGUCCUUUCAACAGAUAUAUGAUGAUAGUCUGCACAGGGUUAGAUCCUGAAUUUGUAACACAAUUCCAUACUUCAAUUGCCAAAUAAGAGAUUGAAUAAUAAAACUAGAAACAUUCUUUUUGUAGCA